GGCCUGGGAUGGCAGCAGGUGUCAGGAGGGACUCUGAGCAGGGGGGCUCCCUCUGCCUGUGGGUGCGGGGGGACUGCCCUUGAGGGACUGAGACAGGAGCCCAGACAAGACGCAGGGCGCCUGAGCCCGCGCGGUGCUGUGGGGCUGCAGCAUCUGCAGGGUGAUGCAGGCCAAGCCUAGCAGGUGGGUGUGGAAGGAGAGGGGAGGCCUGAGGGGCCGUCACCUGCGCUGGAGACACAGGAGGAAGGCAGGUGUAGAGAGAGGGUGUGUCUCCGGAGCCUGUGCAGACUGUGGCUUCUCCAGGGGCAUCCCUGGCUGGAGUGGAGGUUGGGCUGGUUGGAGCCCUGGGUGGCACAGCCGGGCGGCUGGGGGAGAACAGAGCCCUGAUCGGGACCCCCCGCGGGGCAUGAGGGGAGCAGGGGCCCGGCCUGAAGCUGGGUGGUGGGAGUGAGGGGCCUGGGGCGUGGCAGGGGUGGGGUGGGGUGGCGGUCAGCCUGCUGUCAGCCGGGCAGCUGCCUGAGUCACCUCUGGACGUAGCCAGGAUGACACAGCUUCCUCGGGCUGCAAAGGCAAGGUGACCAGACGUCCUCCAAGCCGGGCAGACAGUCACGUCUUGCCGGAGGGCGGCCAGCCAGGGGCAGGCUGCGGGCCGGGUGCGGGCCGGGCUGGUGGGCUGCCCAGCGAGGCGCGGUGGGACACCCCCACCCCAUCUCGGGGAGCUCGGUUGGGGGCGGUGGGAGCCCUCCUGGUUCUGGGACCUGUCUUUAGCUCAUUCGUUCGUGGCAUGAGUCGACGGGUGCUUGUGUGGCAGGCUGCAGCCAGCCAGAGGGGCACCGGGCCUUGGGUCUCUCGUGAGAAGGCCCCAGCCCCCAGAGCAGACGCAGCCGCGUCACGGCGGCUCCUGGCUUUGGGGUUUGCCCUCGGCUGCGGGAGUGGGAACCUGCUCUCCCUCUCCCUCCUCCCCCCCUUCCCCAGAUCUGACACCCUCAAGGCCCGGGAAUGGAAGGGCCGCUCGGUCCACCUCUCUUUGGCUGAGUGGUGCAGGCACAGGCCGGACAGGAGCAGUGUUUCGAGAGCCCGCCCUGCUCGGUGUCAGAGACAUGGCUUCUCCCCAUCAAGCUCACGAUCCGGGUGAGCGGGCCCGUUGUGCAGCCUAGGCGAGAAUCAGAACCUCUAAAGCCGCCUUUGCUCCUAGGUGAUCUAAACCCAGGGCUGUUCAGGCAGGUCCGUGCUCCCGUCAGCCACUGGCUUCCCUGAUGGAGAAAACGUCCCCCGGGCCCCGGCCCCCAGCCCAGCCCCGUGAGGGCCAGACCGCACGGGGGGUGGCCGGGCCGUGAGUCACCCCAGGAGCUCGGUCACAGCCGCAACAGGGGUCUGUGAGAGGGAAGGUAAGAAGCAGCUCCGGCCCCGGCUCACCUGCCUUCUGGAAGGGCAGUCCUGCGCCCUCGGCCCCGGGCCACCUGCCCUGUUCCCUCCCGGCCCAGAAGCGGGGCGGGGGGCUCAGCUCCCGAACGUACCCCGCACUGCGCCGUGGCCGGAGCCGCCUCCCGCGAGGCUGCCGGGCCCCCCGUUCCCAGAGCGGAAGCCCUGCUCUGGGCCCAGCUGUGCGUCAGAGUGGGGCUCCUGGCGUCGGGUGGGCAAGCAGCCUGCUGGGCUGCCCGUCGCUGGCAGGUGCUCCAGGGUGGACGUGCUGGCUGCCCGCUCUCCGCACCGGCAGCUCCUUCGGGGCGAGCGGAGGGCAGCCCCGCCGUCCGGGCUCCCGGCCUGGCGCGCGCCGGCCGCUGAGCUGCGCGGGUCCCCCCACCGGGACGAGCCCGGGGGCUCCCUGCACGUGGCGUCCCCGGGUCCCGCCCGUCGACGGCCGGGCGCCCUCACGCGGGGCCGUGGAAGGGCGCGUGGGGCGGUGCUGGCGCUGGGUCGCCCGCCCAGCCGCGUUCAGGCCCAGUCCCAGAGAGCGGUUUGUCCUGCGUGAGCCCUGCCAGCCCCUGAGGUUGCCUGACGUUCUGCGGUUUACAAAUAUCCUUUGAGGGCAGUUGUCUCCAAAUCAGUCGUCUUACCAACCCUUCUUCACACCUACAAAACUCUUCUCCCAACCUCCUUCCAAAAGCAAGCUGUUGUGUUUUGGAAGUUUGAAGUGACACGAGGUCCAUUCUGCGUGUGUUUUGGGGGUUUGGGGAGAGGUACGUAGCUGUGCCGCCCCAUCCCUGGACCGCAUCCACAGAAGGGCUCUCUGUCCCUGGACCGGCAGCUCUGACUUCCGCAUGACCCCCUUGCAGGGUCCCUGAACAGGGGGCAGAAACUGAGAGCCGCGCCCGGGGCCGUGGGGGUCGUGAAGCUGAGCAGGGCCGCCGGGUCUGCGCCCGCCCAGGACUUGCCAGCCUUCCCUGUGGCCGGGAGUCGGGGCGGGGCUCCUGGUACAGGCCCUGCAGCCCUGGGGUUAAGAGUGCGGCCCCCGGCCAGAGUGUCUCUCCUGGCGUCACCCACGUGGCCCAGCCGGGGACACUGGCACCAGGGCCCUCGGUUAUGGUGCCCUCACCUUCUCGAACAGGAGGGGGUCUGCUGUGUCACCCCCGUCUCUGUCCCGGAUGCUGGUACCCAGCCCUUCGGCUCCACGUUCACAUGCGUUUGCACGGUCUGCUUGGACGGGAGGCCUGAGAACUGGGGAAAGCUCCCUGAGGUCUGACCCUGGGUGGGGCCCCAGCCCGGCCGCGCUCUCCUGUCUCUGCCGAGGCUCCUCGCCUGCGGUCCUGGGCCCCAGAAGCUCAGAGGGUGGACAAGGUGGGCUCAGAGCCGGUGGACGUGGCCUGAGGGUAGAUGAGGCUGCCUGGGCCCUGCUCUGAGGGCAGGGGACGGAGCCCCCCGGCUGCUGAGGCCCCGUCCUGUGUGCCUCCUGGGGCCUGGGCGACCCACCCGGCGAUGUCAUGGUGGCAGGUCCCCAGGGGAGGUGUCCCUGCCCUGAAGGUGCCCGGGUCCCGGCGGGCCGGCACGUCGCUGAGGGUCUGCUCGGCGUCCGAGCGGAGGCCCCCCCUUGCCCUUCCUUUUCCCACCGGGUGGGGGCUGGUCCGGGUGGGUGGGCGGGGCCUCGGUCUGUGGGAAUGUGAGCCCGGCUCUGUAAACAGCUGGUGACUCACCGCCCAGCUAUGCCCUGGCGUGCUGGGAGCGAGCUGGAAUGAUAGCAGCCCCUCCUCGCGCGAGGUGGAGUUUCUCAUGGCCUCCCAGCUGCCUGGACCCCCCGGCCCUCCCGGCGGCUUCUCAGCCCAGCGGUGACCCCGUGCCGGAGGGAGGGGUGGCCCGUGCGGCACUCUUGGGUCCCCCCAGAUGCCAGGGGUCGAACCACAGUCAGGAAGCAGCUCCUGCUUCCCUACUAGGAUCUCCCCGAGUGGCUGUGUGUCCAUCUCAGGCACACGUGUAGCGUUGAGAUGCGCAGAGGGACCCGGCGUCCCCCGGAGGCCACGUCGGCCCCGCUGCCGUCCUGCUCCCCCUCACCAGCACCCGGCAGAGCGGUCGUUUUGCUGGGGGCAACCGGGGGUGCACGGGCCCGGGUGCUGAGGCCCUCUGGUGGUGAGGGUGGGCGGGCUGUCGGAGGCAGGGCUGCGCGGGAAGACUGUCCCCCCAAGUCUCCCGCACCCUGAGAGGCUUUGCUGCGGCUGCGUCCCCGGCCCCGCGACCCUCCUCGGGUGUUUUGCGGACGUUCUCUCUGCUCCGUUCACCUCGUCUGGCCCUUGGAACUCGGGGGCGGGCCCCCGUCCUGUGAGGCGGCGACACGGUGCCCCAGCGAGCCUGAGGCCGGGUCUUCCCCAUCCCUUCCCCAGCGGUGGGCGCGAGGGGCCUGCUGGCCGCCCCACAACUUGUGCUGGCCGCCCCGCCUGCCCGAAGCCAUUGUUGCUGUGGGCUUCUCUGUUUCCAUGACGACCAUCGGGGGUUGGCUACGUCCCAAGGUCGCCAUGGCAACUAUCAGAGGGGAAUCAUGCUUGGGAUGCUUUGGCUGGCUUUUUCAUGAAUGAUUAGAAUGUGUGACACAAUGCAGACGCGAAAACGAGAAGGGCGGGGGUGGCGGGCGUCGGGACGACUCCCGCCAGACGGUCGGUGAGCUCUGGAGGUGGCGGCUCCCGCCUCCCCUGGUCCCGGCUGGCCGGCCUAGGGAGCCCCCUCCCACCCUCUGGGCCUCAGGUCAUGGCUCUGGGGCCGCCUGGGUGGAGGUGGUGAUGUCACAGCUGCAGUGCCCUCGGCCGAGGUGCCGACGUCUAGCUCAGGGCGAGGGUCAGGACAGGAAGCAGCCGCCGCUGCCGCCCAGUGCCAGCCCACGGCACGGGUGCUCGCGGCCCGGGCCCAGCGGGUGGGGGCAGCGCGGGACAGCCGUGCGGCCGCGGGGUACCAGACCAGUUACCGUUUCCCAGCGGUCCUGUCCGGGUGACCGUGCCCAGGUUAUGACGACUAAUCCCAAAGCGAACAAGGCGUUGAAGGUCAAGAAGGAGGCGGGCGAGAACGCCCCGGCGCUGAGCGACGAUGAGCUGGUGUCCAUGUCGGUGCGGGAGCUGAACCAGCACCUGCGCGGCCUCACCAAGGAGGAGGUGGUGCGCCUGAAGCAGCGGCGCCGCACGCUCAAGAACCGUGGCUACGCGGCCAGCUGCCGCAUCAAGCGCGUGACCCAGAAGGAGGAGCUGGAGCGGCAGCGCGUGGAGCUGCAGCAGGAGGUGGAGAAGCUGGCCCGCGAGAACAGCAGCAUGAAGCUCGAGCUGGACGCCCUGCGCUCCAAGUACGAGGCCCUGCAGACCUUCGCCCGCACCGUGGCCCGCGGCCCCGUCGCGCCCACCAAGGUGGCCACCACCAGCGUCAUCACCAUCGUCAAGUCUGCCGAGAUCUCCUCCGCCUCCGUGCCCUUCUCGGCCGCCUCCUAGUGCCCGGGCCGGGGGCGGGGGGCACAGGGGGCGGGGCACGGGCCCCCGGGCGGCAGAGCCCCGCACACCCGAGGCAAACCGCAGACUCCCGCGGGGCUCGGGCCGUGGUGGAAGCGCGCAGGCUGCCGAGGGCCUGCGCACCACCCGCUCUGCACACGCACGCGCGCAUGCGGUGUGUCCGGGCUCCGCAUCCUGGGCUGCGGGAGCCUCGCGAGGUUCCCGGCCCCCACGUCUCCCACCUCUCCCGCGAGUGGCCUGUCAGCACACGUCAGCACAUCCGGCCGCCCAGCCAGGACUGGACCCCUUCCCUGCCCCGUCUGCGCCUGGGCGCCCCAGGAGGAACCGUGCACCGUGGGGUCCCAACGCACCGGCAUCCUGCUUCGGCCUCAGCCGGAGGCCCGCGCCCUGUGAGCAGGCGGAGGAAGGGCUGUGUGCGCAUGGGAACGUGUGCAAGCCUGCACACAUGUAUGUGUGCGAGCACGUGUGCAGGGUACCUGCCAGGGCGCCCGCAGCUGCGGGGGCCUUGGGGAGCCGCUUGUUGCCGGGCCCGUGUGAGCCUUGGGUGUUCCCUCUGUGUCGGGUGACCCAGGAGAGGUGCCCGGCAAGGAGCAGCGGCCGCCUGGCUGGCAGGGGGGCCCGCGGGGUGGGCAGGCAGGGCAGCACUUUCUGCGUGGAACAGGGGCGCGGUCAGUGGCCACCUCAGGUGCAGGCCGUGGAGCUGGGCAGUGAUGCGCAUGGUCCUGCCGGGAGGUCCUGCUGCUGGAGGAGGCCGAGGAGUGCUGAUGGUGGGGGAGUGAGGACGGGGGCGGGGGCGGGGGCGGCCCUGGGCCGGGAAGGCGGCAAGGACCCGCGUUCCGCGCGUGCCCCGACGGUCUGUCUGUCGGCAGAGGACGUGGGACUCUGCAACUUUGGUGCUUAAUCAUUGCCUGGAACUUCGCCCGCUCUUCCUUCCUGGCACCCGCAGCCACCGAUGACCGGGUGGCCUUUGCUGGGGUGUCCCUUCCCCGAGAGCCGCUGCGGGGCUUCCUGUGUGAGCAGGCACGGGCCGCCCCUUCCUGCCUCUCCCGGGAGGAUGCCGGGGCCGCGCGGCGGGCGGUGGUCCCCGAGCCCACUCCGGGCCGGGAGCCCUGGGCUCCAGCUCCCGGCUUCCUCUUGGCUCGCCUCCCACCACGUGGCAAGUCCCCCAGUGAGCUGCAAAGCCCCCGCUCAGGGUGCCAGCCGACCUGGGAGGAGGAGGAGGAGUGGGGGGAGGGCAGAGGACCCCAAAGGCUGCCAACACACAGUGUCCCCCCGUCCUGGGGGAAGGUGCACGGUCUGAGGCGUCUGGGCCCUUUCAGAGCCACAGCCGGUGUGUAAAGAAGCUGUCGAUACCAUAGCCGUGGUAGGUAAUCCACAUUGGAUGUCAAUAAGGACCAUGGGGAUAUUUAAAAGAGAGAAAAGUAUAUAUAUAUAAAAUUAUAUACACGUUUUAUCAUACAGAUUUUCGUACCUUUUCUUCCUGUUUGAUACUGUACAUCUCUGUAGAGCAGAGCUGCCUGGGAGCGCCGGUGGGCGUGGGACCACCGCCUGCCUGGCUUCUCAAGUUGGCCGCUCGCCGCCCACCGCUGCCCUCGGGCCGUGCCCCCGCCGAGGGUCCCCUGGGGCGGCCUCCAGGCUCUCCAAGCGCCCGGUCUCGUGGCCCCCGCUCCCCGGGACCAGCCGGGGGACCAUGUGAUCCGUCCUCCUCCUUUCAGAGCAGUGAAAUCCGUUGUCACAGUUUUAAUAUAUGGAUCUUUUAAUUUAAGGAAACAGGCACAGCCCCCUGGUCGUGGGGGCUGGUCUCCCGUCCCCUGUGCUUCCGGCUCACGCGCCCUCCCAGGCGACGGGGCCCCACGCGUAAGCUCCGCACCGGUUUCCCACACCUCUGGCCACUCAGCAGUUUCAUUUCAAUAUUUAUUUUUGUGCUGCUUUUAUCAUGAUAUAAAUUAUUGAGAAGAGACCCUAUGUCGUGGCCCCUGUGGUGCGACGCGCGGCCCGUGCCCGCCCGCCCCCUCCUGGCCACACCUAAUUUAUUGCUGUACAUCUCUGCUGUGACGCUUUUGUACCUUUCAAUAAAGAGUUU